AUGCAUUGUGGGCGUACAGAACAACCUUCAAGACACCAAUUCGGAUGUCCCCUUUUCCUGUUGGUGUUUGGGAAAGCAUGCCACCUCCCAUUGGAACUCGAAAAUCGCGUGUACAGGGCCAUCAAGUAUUUGAACUUUAAUAUGUUGCCAACCCAAAAGAAGUGCGCAAAGCGAUUAUUUGAUCCAACCAAGUUCCAGUAUCUUGCAUCUGAAAGUGCAAAGAUUUACAAGGAAAUGAUGAAGUUCUAUCACGACAAGAAGUUGAAGAAGAAACAAUUCACUGAGGGGUCUAAGGUCUUACUCUAUGAUUCUAGGCUUCACUUAUUCCCAGGAAAGUUGAAAUCUAGGUGGACUGCGCCAUAUGUUGUCAGACAAGUUUUGCCAAGCGGAGCCAAAAGAAUCAAUAAUGUGGAUAACCUGAGGGAAAGCAAUUCAUUCCUAGACAAUUGA